AUGAGCUCCCAACCAACAUAUACCGAGGCACAGCUCGAAGCAUACCUAAAGCGUAUAGGGUACCCAGACACAAAAGGCACAGUCUUAGAAGAAGUGCGCGAAAAAAUUAAAGCAGAUUCCCUCGCGACAUUAUCCGAUCUGCAGAGGCGGCAUCUCUGUGCCAUUCCGUGGGGCAAUUCUGGAUUGCACUAUUCGCAGCACCAUACAAUUUCUUUGCACCCAGAAACUUUGUUUGAGAAAAUUGUUGAGCGCAGGCUUGAUGGUUACUGCAUGGAGAACUCGGGUGUGUUCUUCGUCGUCUUGCGGUCCUUGGGGUUCCAUGUAUACGCUACUGGGGGGAGAGUGAGCCGCGCUGCUGCGACGGGGGUGGAUGAUGGGCGGUACAUGUCAUUUGGACAUAUGAUCUUGAUAGUGGUCAUCAACGGAGAGAAAUAUAUGGUGGAUGUUGGAUUUGGGAAUAACUGUGCGACUGCACCUCUACCUCUCCGGGAAGGUGCAACAGCUACACAUAUCGGGACUUCUGAAAUGCGUCUUAUCAGAGACAGUCUUGUUGAAUUCAUCGACAAAGAGCAAAAAGUUUGGAUCUACCAGACCAGAUACAACCCUACCAGCGUUUGGGUUCCCAACAUCUGCUUUUCAGACGUCGAGUUCCUCCCCCAGGAUUUCGCAAUGAUCAAUUUCUCCGUCAGUCAGAAACGAACUAGCUGGUUUGGUCAGGUAUUCGUCUGCAUGCGGAUGAUUAUGGACCAAAGCGAGGCACAGAUUAUUGGGCAAUACGUCAUGUCUGGCAAGGAAGUUAAAAAACGAGUCCUUGGGCAGACAGAAAUCCUGCAGGUCCUCCAUAAUGAAGAGGACCGUGUCAAAGCGCUCGCCAAGUACUUUGGUAUGUCUCUGCGCCAGAGCGAAAUCCAAGGCAUCCAGGGCUUGACUUCGGAGAUCAGAUAG